AUGGAGAACGAUCUAAUGAACACUGCGACAUCUGUAGGAUCAGAUUUCUUUGGAGAGAUGGCGAAAAUCUCAGAACACACCUUUGAGCGAGCGGAUGCUCGACACUGGGCGUCAAGGCGCAUCCGCUUCUUGGUCUAUGAUGACUCCGAUGCCAAACUUAACGAUUUCGACAGUGACGACGAAGAAGCGAAGGAACAAUACGCUUUAAACUUGAGUCUUGGAAAUGUCAAAGCCCGAGACCCAGAAGGUGGUGGCGAGGCUCCAAAUGCAGAGAGAGUCGGUGUGGCUGAACGCUCGAAACAACCCAACGAUUCCACACAGACUAAAUGCCGCGUUUGCGCAUCAUAUCCCGAGUUCCCGCACAGGUGGAAGCCUAGAAAGUUUCGUCUGGUCAAUCCGGUGCUUGAUCAUCCGGAAUGGUUCAAUGGGGACGGCAUCAGCUCGUGCGACAUAUGUAUACACUACGUAGCAGUGUCAUACUGCUGGCCUCCUCGUGGAGAAAACCCGACACCGAGAACCUACACAGUCCGUGGUCUCGACGGACGCGUCCGCGCCAGUCGCGCUCUCGACGAUGUUCUAGAUCGUGCUGUGGACUUUGCCAAUUCAUACGGAUUUCGUAUGAUAUGGAUCGAUCAAGAAUGCCUUCCCCAGCCGACUGAAAACAGCCCGAAAGAAGAUUGGGAAGAGCAGGAACUUGGAAUACAGUCGAUGGACAUUGUGUACAACAGAGCUGCGGUCACGGCGGGUUUGCUCGACGUCGAAAUCAUAUCGCAAGAGCAACUCACAGCUAUCGAGACUUUGUUAUAUCCUGACCAAAGAAGAAAGUCAAGUAUAAUCGACCGCCGCUUCUGCGAACAAAUCCUGGACUUUCUUCAUAGAACCAGUCAAGACCGUUGGUACACCCGUGCGUGGGUUGUCCAAGAGGCCACAUGUUCCGGAGACGGACUGAUGCUGGCUUUCCGGCGCGGUCCAGGCCUUAUCUUCCAAUCUAGCUUUCGAUUUGGGCGAGCGGAGGGAGAGGAUCUUCGUCCUUACCAUUCACUCGACGGUAAUCGUGGGAUCUGGGAUUCAAAGCUCGUCUGCAUGCACUUGCGUGGAUUCUGGCGCAUUCUCGAUCAGAUGCAAUCUUUGCUUACACGCGACUUUGUUCACAUGGGAAACUAUCUUGCCCGGUAUGGGCUCGGGUCAGAAGAAGUCUACCCGGGAGCUCGAUCCGUGCUUGAAGUAGCAGAUCGUCUCCAUCCAAGAACCGAGAAAGCAAACACAAUCAAUCAGAUCGUACAAGCUCACACCGAGGGGUUCUACGGGAAGCGUCCUACGAUCAAUGCCGCGGGAGCUCUGACAUUGCUGAAGCAUCGCGAAUGUUACUUCAAUGCUGACAGGCUUGCUAUUAUAGCGAAUAUGUGCGAUUACGACUUCCGAUUAGACACAAGGAAAGUCAACGCCAAUUGCCAUUCAUUGCGCCUAGCUAUAUUGGCAUUGGCAUUGAGCAAUGGCGAUCUGUCUUUGCUAGUACCAGAGGCGUAUCUACCUGGGGACCGUAAGAACCAAGAAGAUACCUACGCUGGAAGUGUAUCAAGCUCGACCUUGUUCCAAAACAUCUUCCUAGAGGCGAACCGAAUCGAAUACUGUGAAGUUCGCGACUACAUCAAUAUACGACUCCAAACAAGCAGACAGGGCAGAUUCACUGCCGAAGGAAUGCUUCUCCAUUCGUAUCUUUGGUCAGUGGAUCGCGAAAUCGACUUUACACCCAUACAGGCGGAGUGGGCCGACAUAUGGGAAUCCUAUAAAUGCUGGGUCAUACUUUUUGAGCGCCAAAAAGACGAGACCGACGAACAAGCUCGUGCGCGUCAAGUGGCAUUCAUCCAGCGGUUCAACCAACCCAAUGUAGCCACACAAGCUCGUCAGGAUUUCCGUCGUUGGGGUCAUAUCCCAAAUGGAUCGUCUGUAUGGGGAAACCUCGACCACACCGGCAUACAAGUAAAGCGAAAACUCGAUGCGAAACGCGUCCGGCAAGUCCCUGCAAUGCGCAACACAAUCUCUCAGAUCAUCUUUGGCGUUCUCCGGUAUAUCAGGUACACGCUGGCCGCGUCUGAAGAGAAAGGAGAAUUAAUGAAGGGACUGGCCAACAGCAUAUGGCACUCUGUCCGCACGGAUGGAGUCAGCUUGGAGCACCAACUACCAGAUGAAGUCGACGAUACGCUCUUUGCCCACCCCGACGUUGUGAACCGGCCUUUUGCCACGUUACAGCUCGAUGAGACUCUCGAAGCGAGCCUCGCACAGUUGUGGUUCAUCGACCGCAUCAUGCAGCACGGACGACUCUGGUGUGGAACUUACACGCCACCCAAACGACCAGCCCGUCUUACCUCACCUCCCGGCUCACACACCAGCACCACCUACGAAGAAGACCUAGAAGCGCACAACGAACAUCUAUCCGCGAUCCCAGCAUCCCAACGCUCAACCAUAAGCCGUCAACUCGCGCGCCAAUUUCUUACCGUCGGCAUUGAAAGCACGCUCGCUAGAAAUGGGAAUCAAGGGAGCAGCCGCCACACCAUGGUGACGUAUCCGGAGAUUCUGCGCAGGGAUCUUUGGUCAGAUCGAAAAGAGAGGUUGCGGGAGAGAACGCUGUUGGCCACCUUCGACGUGGACGGACCUUGUCUGGUGGCAACACCGUAUAAUCCUGAAUGGGAGGUUUUGCCGCGGCCAAAGCUCCGUAGCACGAGUGUGUGCUGGGUCGUUGAAGCAAAGGAAAGUGGUGGCAGUGCUGCAGGAUCAUCUGCUGGGACGGAGGACGACUCCCCAGAUGUAGUGGGCUGUGAUCUUGCAGGUGCAACAGAGGCCAGAGGGAAGGGGAAGGAGAGAGCAGGGGAUGACUCGCCCGAAGCUGAACCUUCCGGAGACACUGAUGAUGUCAAGGCCAGGAAGCUUCCGGAUCAGCGGGAUCUGGACUUACGUGCGCUGAGGAAAGUGAAAGGGCUAUGGCAGAUUAUGGAUCUUCCUUCUCAGGUGUAUCUGUUUACCCCAGCCCCCGACAAGCCUCGCCCGCCGCCCUCGCCCCUGCGCAUUGCCAGCCAGCUCACGACCGCCUCGGCCAUCCUCUGGGACCCCAAGUUCACCUCGCGAGCGCCCCCGGGCAGUCUCCAGCCCGUCCACGCCGGCACGCUUGUCGCCCCGCACCGCACCGACUCGUCCAUCAGCGUCCGCAACCUCGGCGACGGCCACACACAGCCCCUCGUGCCUACCAUGGACAACCGCAGACACCCCAGCUCCUUCCAGCAGCUCGAGAAGCUCGGCGAGGGCACCUAUGCCACGGUGUUCAAGGGCCGCAACCGCCAGACGGGCGAACUCGUAGCCCUCAAGGAGAUCCACCUCGACUCGGAGGAAGGCACGCCCUCGACGGCCAUCCGCGAAAUCUCCCUUAUGAAGGAGCUGCGCCACGAGAACAUCGUCCUGCUGCACGAUGUCAUACAUACCGAGAACAAGCUCAUGCUCGUCUUCGAGUUCAUGGACAAGGACCUCAAGAGAUACAUGGACUCGCGCGGCGAUCGCGGUGCUCUGGACCCCGCCACCAUCAAGUCCUUCAUGUACCAGCUGCUCAAAGGAAUCGCCUUCUGCCACGAAGCCCGCGUCCUGCACCGCGACCUGAAGCCCCAGAACCUUCUGAUCAAUAACCGUGGCCAGUUGAAGCUGGCCGAUUUUGGUCUCGCUCGCGCCUUUGGCAUUCCAGUCAACACCUUCUCCAACGAAGUCGUAACCCUUUGGUAUCGCGCCCCCGAUGUCCUGCUCGGCAGCCGGACCUACAACACCAGCAUCGACAUCUGGUCAGCAGGCUGCAUCAUGGCGGAGAUGUACACCGGGCGGCCGCUGUUCCCCGGAACCACCAACGAAGACCAAGUCCAGAAGAUCUUCAGGCUGAUGGGCACACCAUCGGAGCGGUCAUGGCCGGGUAUCUCGCAGCUGCCAGAAUACAAGAACAAUUUCCCCGUAUACCACACCCAGGACCUGCGCCUUAUUCUACCGCAAGUCGACCAGGUUGGGCUCAGCCUACUCAACUGCAUGCUUCAGCUGCGGCCGGAGAUGCGCAUAUCUGCUGCGAACGCAUUGCAACAUCCUUGGUUCAACGACCUCCCACAACGGCAGCAGGAGAUGCAGAUGCAGGCCCAGGCACAGGCUCAUGCUCAGGCCCAACAAGCGCAGAUGGGCGGCUACCAGGUGCCCCAAAACGCAUACUAG